CUCGGAAUAUCGAUAUCAAUAUGAUUCCCAUUCCAUCAUUGGUGACUGCAUAACGUGUUAUUAACGAGCAAAUAUUGGAAUAUAUUUUGACAAAUUGGAAUUUAUUGGAUCCGUUCCUGGGUGCUGUUGAAAAAAAUGUCGAAAAGUGAACUAGGGAUUUUCAUAUGUCUGGUGUUAGUGGUAGCUGCACGAGCAGAGGAUAGCGAUGUGGAGUGUAUAAACUGCAAUUCAGCCGAUAAGUGGGAAUGUGCAGGCAAAGUUGAAGAUAUAAAAGGAGCUUGUAACGGUCCUGCUUGCUUUACAUAUUUAGAUAAUGGAAUAACGAAGCGAGACUGUACGGGACCAAGUAGCGGUUGCAAAAAAGGUGAUCCAUUGUGUAAAACCUGCAAUGAAAAGCGAUGCAACUCUGAAAUUAUUCCGGAGAAUAGGCCAACAUGUAUUAUUUGCGAUGGUACUGUAGACUGCAUCUCUAUAGAAUCCAACGCGAAAGGAUACCCGUGCCAAAUUUAUAGUGAAAAAGCAGAAUGCUAUACCUAUGUAGCAUCCGAAAAAACCGUCAAAAGAGGUUGUGUUGCUGAUAACUUUAAAGACUGCACCACUGAAAACUGUCGCACAUGUCCUAAUAGUGAUUGCAACAACGAUGAUAUCUUCACCGAGUUUUCAUGUUAUAAUUGCACUUCGGAAAAUAAUGGUGCCUGCAAAAGAAAGGAUCCCCCAGGAGAUAGCUGCACAAUAGAUGAUUCGAUUGGAAAAUGCACAAAUAAAGUUCUUAUAGGUCGGACCUCUGAAUGUUUCACCCAGUUCGACGGGGAUGUAGUGAUCCGUGGUUGUUCGAAUACGACGAUGACAGGCGAUGUAUCUACUUGCGCGGAAAAAAAUUGUAAUUCCAAAUGCGUUUCGGACGUGAAGUGCCAUGUUUGUGAUUCUAGCAAAGACAAAAACUGCGCUGACUCCGAAAAGUUGGGAGAGAGUAAAGCAUGCGAUAAGUACGUUUCGACAUGCUAUCAUUGUGAAACUGAAAGUGGUGAAACUCUUCGUGGAUGCGGAGUGAGCUCUGAGACAAACGUGGUAUGUAAAUUAUGUCGAGAUGACGACUGCAACAAGGAUGCUAAGCUGCAAAAGUCAUGCUACUCAUGUGACUCAAAAACAGAUUCCAACUGCAUUCGAAACCAGAACAUUGAGACGAAAUUUUGUAAGACUAGCGAGGACGAAUGUUACGUGAUGUAUGAUGAAAAUGACGUCACUACCCGUGGCUGCAAGAGCGAAAUAACCGCAGAAAACUGUGAAAAACUUGGCGAUAACUGCAAAACCUGCAAUACACACAAUUGCAACAAGGAUAUUCUAGCUCCCGAAUCACUUUCCUGCUACGUCUGUAACGACGAAAAGGACUGUAAAGCAGAUCAGUCAACUUUAGCGGUAAAGGCGGUACAAUGCAAUGACCCAAAGGAUCAGUGUUUCAUGUAUUCAGAAAAAGGAGAAACAAUGCAACGAGGAUGUUUGGCCCAAACUGGUCCGGAACAAUGCAAGAAUAAUGAUCCAAAGUGCGUUAAAUGCAGCACCAACGAAUGCAACUCUAGAGCAUACCAGGGAUCCUCAGGACUAAGUUGUAUCCAGUGCACAGGAGACGAUGAAAGCUGUCCUUGGCAAUUUACAGCCAGCCAAGCGAAACCAUGCAAUGAAACGCUCUACAACAAACGAGAGUUAUGCUAUUCAUUGUCGCUUGGAGGGGGAAAAGUAGAACGGGGAUGUUUGUCUGACAACGAUGUUUGUACCUUGGAGAAUCCUGAUUGUCGUGUCUGCUAUGAUAGUGGUUGCAAUACAGAGGCAUAUCAGACAUGGUCCUGCUUCCGAUGCCGCAGUGAUGAAACCGGACAAUCCAGUUGCCUCAAAUCUCCUGUAGAUGAUUUUAAAAGGAAGUGCGUGUAUGCACCGACCGCUGAGAAGCGAGGAUGCUAUAUUCGAAAUUACAACGACAUUGUCAUAAGAGGCUGCUUGUCCGACUUAAGUGACAGAGAUUAUGCCGAAUGUGUCGACGAAAAAUACAAAAAGUGCAUAGACUGCAAGAGUGAGAACUGCAACAAUGCAAAAGCACCAAAUAAAUCAACUAUUCUUCACGCAUCAGCUUCAAUUCUUUCAUUGUCUCUAAUUUUCGUAAUUUAUAGUAUUUCAUGGUUUAAUUUGUCCCUAUUUAUUUUAGGAUAUGUUUUUAGUGACGUACAAAGUUUAACUUGCUGGAGUUGUAAUUCUAAUGUGGACCCAGAUUGUGCGCAAAACCCAGGAAGUCUUACGGAACAAACUGAAUGCCAGGAGCCGACAGACAAGUGCGAAGUCGCUAUUUUGACCGAUGAUUCAACGUAUCGUGGAUGCUCAUCUGACCUUCCUACAGAAAUAACAAUAUCAGAUGAAUGCGAAGAAGACCUCUGCAACGGCGAAAUCUAUCCUGCCGAUCGACUUCAGUGCCAUCAGUGUUCUGGAGCAGAUUGCUUAGCAGCGCAGACACAGGGAAAUGAGCUUCCAUGUAAGUUAUACCAACCUGACGAUGCUUGCUUCACCGAUGUCAUCGAUGAAACGGAUGUUCAACGAGGUUGCACUUCCGAUUCAAGCUAUGUUCCUGGCGAUUAUGCCAAGUUCUGCAAAACAUCAGGCUGCAACUCGGACCCAGGUUUGAGCGAGUUCAGCUGUGCAGUAUGUGACUCAACUGAAGACGGACUAAGUUGCGUAUACGGAACAGUCUCCGGAUCAGAAUGUUCUGUCACCACGGAAAACACCUGCAGUAUGCAACUAUUAUUGGGAAGAUUGGAACAUUGUUUCACCUAUCACAAAGGAGAACAUGUGGUCCGUGGGUGCUCCCGGGACUCACCGCAGUAUGUGAACCAAACGAAUUAUAUUCGAGAAUGUAUUCUGGAGAAGUGUAACGACGAAUGUAUAGAGCCACCACAGUGCUAUUCUUGCAGUUCCGCCACAGAGCCUUACUGCCAAGAUCAGAGUGUUGGUAAUCUAACUGUUGAAAAUUGUCCUGUAGGAACGACCUCUUGUCACACGUGCAGAGAUGAAGCGGGAACAGCUCAUCGCGGAUGCGGGGAGUUCGAAGGGAGUGGUCAAUGUGCAUCCUGUUGGAACGAUCCAGGGUGUAAUAAUAAAAAGAUGCUUCGUUGUUACUCCUGCAGUUCCGAAAAUGAUCCAAAUUGUGAUACUUGGGAGAAUCCUGAAAACAUCGACAAAGUAAUUUGCAAUGGAAAUUGUAUAGCAACUCUUCGGAAUGGUAUCGUAGAAAGAGGAUGUCAAAGUAACAGCUUCGACUGUCAGCCAAGUUUGACAUGUAAGAGUUGCACGGAGGAUGACUGCAACAGUGGACGCGUACCUGAUGAAAGUUUACGAUGUUAUCAGUGUGGUGAGAAUGACGCCGAUUGUAAUAAUGACCAAUCAUACCAGCUAGCCCCAAGUUGCCCCAUUGUUGAAGAUGAAACUGACAAAUGCUACAUGUUUGUCACGAAUGACAACAAGAUGGUUCGGGGAUGCACCACGGAUAUGCGCUACAACGAGUGUACCCUAAUGCCGGCCGGAAAAUGUGUAACUUGCUCUGGAGACGGAUGCAAUAGUCAGGCUAUUAUUGGUAAACUGCAGUGUAUCAAGUGUGAUUCUAACACUGAUCCUAGCUGCAAAACUGGACUGAUUACGAGGGAUGAUGAAUGCAGCGUGACUUCACUACAGUUCUGUGAGGUAGAAGUCCCUUUCUCAGAAUAUGAAUAUUGUUUCACAUACCAAUAUGGAGAACGGGUUAUCCGUGGAUGUUCCAAAGAGGACACAGCCAUUUCUAGCCAGAUUAAGUACGUGCGCGAAUGCAGGUUUGACAACUGCAAUAACGAAUGCAUCGACUCACCAAAGUGUUAUUCUUGCGACUCCUCACAGAAUCAAAACUGCGCAGACGAUGUUUUUAUGACUAAUCAAGUUAGUUGUAAUGCUGGAGACAUCUCAUGUUAUACAUGCCGAGAUUCAGGCAAAGUCAUUCGACGUGGGUGCGGUAGCGGUGACACUUUUGGACAAUGCGAAUCCUGUUGGGAUGAUGACGGUUGUAACAAUAAACCCAUGCUUGAGUGCUACUCGUGCAAUUCGCAGGUGGAUAAGAAAUGCGCCACUUGGACUGAUGUGGGAACUAUCAACACUAUGAUCUGCAACGGUCUUUGCAUUGCUACCCUCCGUGAUGGCUACGUAGUGCGAGGAUGCCAAAGCAACAGUUUCGACUGCCCAUCAAGCGAAACCUGCGUCCGAUGUGAUAAAGAUAAUUGCAACAGCGGUCUGGUUCCAACUGACCGAAUGAUGUGCCACCAAUGUGACGAAAGCAAUCCUGAUUGCUACCAGGAUAAGGAAAGCAGCGAAGCCACUGCUUGUUCCGUAUAUAAAUCUGGCGACCAGUGUUUCCUUUUCAUGGAUGAUAACAAUAAAAUGGUCCGUGGAUGUGUAUCUGAUGAGCGUUAUGAUGAUUGCUCCAAAAACCGGGAUCGUUGCAUUACCUGUUCAGAGCCAGGAUGUAACAGUAUGGGUGGACUAGUCGAACCAGCUCUUGAGUGCGCAAAAUGCAAAGGGGGUGAAGAAUGCGCCUGGGCCCAAACUGAGUCAAGUAAAUGUGAAAGCUCAAGACCCUAUUAUGAGUCUGAAAGCUGCUAUAUUGCAAGGUCCUCUGAUGGAACUAUCAGCAGAGGCUGUUCGUUGGAUGAUCCAAACGCCUGUACCUCCGCAACAUGUACCACCUGCUCAACCAAUGGAUGCAAUGAUGUCAACCGCGUUUAUCAAAGUUGUCUCCAGUGCACUGGAACUGGCGACAAUUCUUGUGUAGUAGGUCAGGAUGUAAAGGGCACAACGUGUUCUGAGCCUGUUCAGACAUACGACACCAGAGGAUGCUAUGCCCAACGUGACGGUGAUACUGUGAAACGAGGCUGUCUCUACAGUUUGAACAAUGAACAAAAGGAAAGUUGCGAAAAGGAUCAGAAAAAUUGUCAAGUUUGCUACGAUCAGGACUGCAACACCAAAGACCUGCGAAGUCACGCACCAACUCUUGGUGCCUUUUCAGGUUUGCUGUUGGCAGUUGUUGCAUACCUCAUCAAGGGUUAAGGACAAUAGCUCAUGAUAUUAAAAUAUUUUAUUAAAUUAUCUUUGUUGCGUUUGUAAAGUAAAGAGGAGUUUUAAAUAUAAAAUUGAAUAUA